AUGGAGCACUCUUCACCUUUGGCUGCUAUGCAGCCUCCGUCGAUGAUGUUUGGUCACUGUUUUCGGACCGAUGGCCCAACAUCCUACUCCUCAUUAUCUGGCUUUGGAUCCAACAAUUUCAACUUCAAAGAUUUGUCCAUGAAGAAGGCCGGCCCCGACUACUUCAAUGUGAAGCCGAUGCCUUCGCCCACAGCGAGUCUCGCGGCGGAUUUGUCUCAGAACUUCCACAUCGAUCAAAGUCCCCAACUGGCGACGCCUCGACGGUCUUUGUUCACCUCAAACAUUCUCAGCCAGGCCAAUGCGCAAGUAGACAAUGUCAUGACCACACCACCCUUGCCCCCAUCCUCGCCUGCCCCCGCAAUGGACAUGAUGGAGAUGUCCCCUCUGCCGCACAAGCCUGCCUUCGUCGUGACAAGGGAGAUCGAUUUGCCGUCCCCUUCUCCUGUCGGGAGCCCGAUGGAUUUGCCCAUCGCGUCUGCAGCCGUCAGUCCUCUGCCGGGGUCUCCUCUCGAUUCCUCGGCCCGUGGACACUUUGAGAGACGCCGUCCAGGUCUUCUUCGGCCCAGCCUGGCAAAGAGUAAGGCUCAGUCCUUUCAGCUGGGCAUGAGCCGCCCUGCCAACGAGAGCAGAGCUCCUCCAUUCCGGUUUAGCACAGCAGGUGCGAAGACCUCGCUGAGCACGUCCACCUCCCUGGAGGACAUGUUCGGAGACUCUCCCCCGCAAGAAAGAACCAUCUCCCGAAAUAGUUCCUCGAGCUCGCUCGCCCCGCCGCGUCUGCGACCUCCCUUCCAGCACGCCCGGAGCAGCGGUUCACCCGCAUCUGGCUGCAUUCGCAAGGCCUCCCACCCCACAAUGCGCCCUCGCAAGCAAUGUCGCCGAUCAUUGAGCAUGUUUGAGCACCCCGCAGAUGUUAUUGCCGACAAAGAGGCCAAGGUAACCACAAAUGCACCCCUCCCGUCCAUCAGUGAUAUGGACAGUUCGCCUACCCCCCAGCUGCCUCACUUCGUCCCUGAGGAUCAGGCGGACAAUCUGCCUCGCAUCGGUAAAAACACUCUGCUUGAGCUUCUUGACGGGAAGUUCAAUGACCGCUUUGACAACAUCAUGAUCGUCGACUGCCGCUUCGAGUAUGAGUACGAGGGUGGUCACAUCAACGGUGCCAUCAACUACAACGACAAAGAGAAGUUAGCGACAGACCUGUUCGCUUCGCCUCGAGAUCGCACCGCGCUCGUUCUUCACUGCGAAUACUCCGCGCAUCGCGCGCCCAUAAUGGCCAAGUACAUUCGUCACCACGAUCGGGCCGUGAAUAUCGACUCAUACCCCAAUCUCACCUACCCGGACCUGUACAUCCUUGAUGGAGGCUACAGUUCCUUCUUUGCUGAACAUCGAUCUCUCUGCUUUCCCCAGAAUUACGUCGAAAUGAAUGCCGACGGACACGAAUUUGCCUGUGAACGUGGUCUGGGCAAGGUCAAGCAGCGGUCCAAGUUGCAUCGCGCGCAGACCUUUGCCUUUGGUCAACAGUCCUCCCCCCAAAUGGAAGACAGCCCUACUGGCCGCCCCCGUCUCGAUCGCAGCAGUCGGCUUCUUGCCUCGCCUCUGGGGUCUCCCUACGCGCAUAGUCCGGUCUCGAACCGCAGCAUCGGCCGUCGUAUGCUUUCUUACUAA